AUGAAGGAACGGAGAGUCCCACAACCCUUGGUGGCGAGGUGUAAACUGGUUUUAGUUGGAGAUGUUCAGUGCGGGAAAACUGCGAUGUUGCAAGUAUUGGCAAAGGAUUGUUACCCAGAGACUUACGUGCCGACAGUGUUUGAAAACUACACAGCCGGCCUGGAGCUGGAAGACCAGCGCGUGGAGCUGAGUCUGUGGGACACUUCAGGUUCUCCGUAUUAUGACAACGUUCGCCCGCUCUGUUACAGCGACUCUGAUGCCGUCCUGCUCUGUUUCGACAUCAGUCGCCCGGACACGAUUGACAGUGCUCUCAAAAAGUGGAAGACAGAGAUUCUGGAUUUUUGUCCCAAUACACGGAUUCUUCUAAUUGGCUGUAAGACAGACCUUCGCACAGAUGUGUGUACACUCAUGGAGCUGUCCAAUCAGAAGAUGGUACCUAUUUCACACGAGCAGGGUUCAGCUAUGGCAAAGCAGCUUGGUGCUGAAGCAUAUCUGGAAUGUUCUGCAUUUACAUCAGAGAAGAGCAUCCACAGCGUGUUCCGUACUGCCGCGCUGGCGUGUCUUAACAAACUCCAGCCUCCACCCAAACCCAGUCCAACUCGACGUCUCUCCAAACGCCUGCUCCACCUUCCCAGCAAGUCUGAUCUUCUCACCUCCACCUUUAGCAAAGAGAAGGUCCGUAGCUGCUCCAUCAUGUGA